CUCCGGUCGCCUGCUGUGGGGCUCCUUCCCUGCCCGCCCGGGACCCUGACCGUGGCCUCAUCCCCGCCGGGAUCCGCGCGGCCCAGCGGGCGCCCAGAAGGAGCAGGCGGCGCGGGGGCGCGCCGGGCGGGGGAGACGUGUCCAGAGCCGCAGCUGCCCGCGGGCUGGGACUGCUCGGCCGCCUCCUGCCCGGCGAGCAGCUCAGCUCCUGCCACGCCCUGGCUCUGGCCUGGACCUUCUCCUAUCUCCUGUUCUUCCGAGCCCUCAGCCUGCUGGGCCUGCCCACUCCCACGCCCUUCACCAAUGCCAUCCAGCUGCUACUGACGCUGAAGCUGGUGAGCCUGGCCAGUGAAGUCCAGGACCUGCACCUGGCCCAGAGGAAGGAAAUGACCUCAGGUUUCAACAAGGGUCCACCCUGGGGCUGCUGCCCGACGUGCCCUCCUUGA